AUGGCCAACAGGUGCCCGCGAUCAACACUUUGGCCGCCCAACGCAACAUCAUCCCCCGUCGUACCACCAGCGGCCGCGGCAAGUGCAACGUCAGGCGAAACCUCAAGGCCUCCGCAGGCGCAGGCGGCGGUGGGAUCGACCCGAACCGGCGGUACCGUUGUGUACGGCCUCAUUGGAAAGUUUGAAUGCACCAGCACCGACGGCUCCGCUGACGUCAAAGUGACUGCAAACAGUUGUCGAGAUAGCGAUAGUGGUCUUAUCAGCGGUUGUCGCAUCGCUCGUGGGGCGGACCACGGCGGGGGAGCCCUAGUUGACGGGUUCCGGCAACGGCCGAGUGGCAACCGUAACGAAUGUUGCGAUAAGACGCACCCGACCGGUAUGGGCGGUGGUGGGACGGGUGGCCGAGCGCUGGACGAACGUUCCGGAGAAAUGCCAGAAAUGGAUGCAAGUGUACACAGGGCCCGAAAGAGGCAACGCAAGACGGUCGUCUACAGCCGCCUUUGUCUUGGCGAUGCGUUAAUGUUGGACGGGGCCAGUGAGUGGCUGCGGCCGGACCUUCGGAAGUCUAGCCGGAUGGCCGAGGGCCCGGAGGAAAAUUCCACUCGAAGCGUAACUUUGGGUGGCCCGUCGGAAGUGAUCCGCUUUCCGUGCGUCGAGCGACUGAUCGAACUGUACGCAAAUAUCAUCCGCCAGAAGGAGGCUGAAGUGCAAAGAUUUAUGAGCAGUAUUGUGAGGGAUGGCGAUAAAAGUCGAUUAGAUAAGGUCGGGUCGCGGGUGGACGGGCGGGUGUGGGGUUGGAGCGAACUCCAGCAAGGUGACAUACGCGAGGAGCGCGCACUACCUGCGUCAGUAUCACUGGAGUCGUUGCCAUCGACGACGACAACGACAGCGAAGGCGAAGGCGAAGACGGUUCCGCUGGGUACAGAGUUGGAGCGUGUCAGUAAGCACGCCAGUCCGGAAUUACCCAUCGACGAGGUGGAACGUACGGAAAACCCUAGCCCGGACGCGCAAUCGGAUGAAGGUUGGCGAAGCAGCACUCAGCAAAGUCCUUACGGUUCAAGCGACGAAGAGGAUCGUUUACAGGCGCUCGCAGGACAGGAUCGGCGUGUGGUGAGCAACGAACAGAACGGCCCUGGAGACCGAGAUUCCACCGAAACCAUGAAGAACCGCGACAAGGUAACCCGCUCGGCAAGCUCGGACUCCGCGCUGGGCCUGGACGAUGAUCUCAGUCAGCAGGAGCAACAACAGAUGAUCGCCAACGUGGGCAAGGUACGCCGGUUGACCCUCGGGGUGUCCGACAUCCCGCUUCGAUCGGCCCUGCUGCCCGUUCCAGAGCCGACGACCCUACCCAGUCUGACGACACCCUCCGGGGAACACUGCCCGACGGUGGUGCGCAGCAAGAUGAUCCUGGAGGCUCAGGUGAUAGAGCUUCCUCUGGCGGGCGACUCAGAACAGCAUCAGCAGCUCGGCUGCCCAUCGAGUACCUCGGUUUCGCGCCGCGAGUCCGCCCAAAGUUACGUCAGCGAAACGGGGGAUGGCGUACGCUACGUCCGCACGCCGUCGGUCGUCGUGUCGGACUACUCGGACGACACGAUGUGCGGCAUCACGCUGGAGGAGAUCGAGUACUUCCGGCGCCACCGGCUACGCCGCGGCUCGGCUGACUGCGAGUCCGACAUCAGUGCGGCCUCGUCCUGCAGCAACCUGAACUACUGCGGUUCGUCCAUCAGCGCACUCGAGGGCUGCGACUACCAAUGUGGUCUUCGGACGCCGGAACGCAAGGUGUCCGACUGUUCCACCUGCUCCACCGUCAGCUGUGAUGAUGACGAGGGUUACUCCGUCGUCCGAUCCAAGCUGGCCAACCUCGCGCUACCGGCGGCAGCGGGAACGCCGAUGCCAGGCUCGGUUCCACUCACCGCAGCUGACUGCAACGUCCCGGAGCGGAAGUCGUCCGCCCCGGAGGAGGUGGACGUGCGAAUCUGCAGCAAAAAGAAGUGAUCUUCGUUGGAGGAAAAGAGAGAGAAAGAGAGAAAAGAGAAAGAAAAGAAAGCACAUCACGUCCCGGUGGAGUGAAUGCCCUUCCCGACGACGGACCACCAGCCAGCCUGCUAAAGGAUGCCUAUCUGCACGCUGCC